CCUUGGGAACUUGGUUGGGUCUUUUACACUGCACCUCAUGGAGGCGUAGCUUUUAACCGUUUUUCAUUUACGAAGAAGGAAUAUUUAAAAUAAAAAAGGGGGGAGAUAAGAGGAAGAGCAACAAAAAACGAAACAAUGUCAUCAAACAGAAGCCAAAACCCACAUGGGUUGAAACAGAUUGGGCUGGACCAGAUCUGGGAUGAUCUCCGGGCAGGGAUACAGCAGGUCUACACCAGACAGAGCAUGGCAAAGUCACGCUACAUGGAACUCUACACUCACGUUUAUAACUACUGUACCAGUGUGCAUCAGUCGAACCAGGCUCGAGGUGCUGGGGUCCCUCCUUCAAAACCUUCCAAGAAGGCACAGACCCCCGGAGGGGCGCAGUUUGUGGGACUGGAACUCUACAAGCGACUAAAGGAGUUUCUCAAGAACUACUUGACAAAUCUUCUCAAGGAUGGGGAAGACCUGAUGGAUGAGAGUGUGCUAAAGUUUUACACCCAGCAAUGGGAAGAUUACAGGUUCUCAAGCAAAGUACUGAACGGUAUCUGUGCCUACCUCAACCGACACUGGGUCCGCCGUGAAUGUGAUGAAGGACGCAAAGGAAUCUACGAAAUAUACUCGCUUGCCUUGGUGACUUGGAGGGAAUGCUUAUUUAGACCUUUAAAUAAACAGGUCACAAAUGCCGUAUUGAAGCUGAUAGAAAAGGAAAGAAAUGGAGAAACCAUCAACACGAGAUUGAUCAGUGGAGUUGUCCAGUCCUAUGUUGAACUUGGUUUAAAUGAGGACGAUGCCUUUGCGAAGGGACCCACAUUGUCCGUGUACAAAGAAUACUUUGAGUCUCAGUUUUUGGCAGACACGGAGCGGUUCUAUACAAGGGAAAGCACAGAGUUCUUGCAACAAAACCCAGUCACAGAGUACAUGAAAAAGGCAGAGGCGCGCUUGCUGGAAGAGCAGCGCCGGGUCCAGGUCUAUCUGCAUGAAAGCACGCAAGAUGAGCUGGCGAGGAAGUGUGAGCAAGUGCUGAUCGAGAAGCACCUGGAGAUCUUCCACACAGAGUUCCAAAACUUGCUAGAUGCUGACAAAAAUGAAGAUUUGGGCCGGAUGUACAACCUUGUGUCCAGAAUCACAGAUGGUCUGGGAGAGCUGAAGAAACUUCUCGAGACACAUAUUCACAACCAGGGACUAGCUGCCAUUGAGAAGUGUGGGGAAGCCGCUCUCAAUGUAAGUACUUCAGAUCCCAAAAUGUAUGUACAGACUAUUUUGGAUGUUCAUAAGAAGUACAAUGCACUAGUAAUGUCGGCAUUCAACAAUGAUGCUGGUUUUGUGGCUGCACUAGACAAGGCUUGUGGUAGAUUCAUCAACAACAACGCAGUGACAAAGAUGGCUCAGUCAUCAAGCAAAUCCCCUGAGCUGUUGGCAAGAUACUGUGACUCCCUAUUAAAGAAAAGCUCCAAGAAUCCAGAAGAAGCCGAGCUGGAAGAUACCCUGAAUCAAGUGAUGGUUGUCUUUAAGUACAUUGAGGACAAAGAUGUGUUCCAAAAGUUUUACGCCAAGAUGCUGGCGAAGAGACUGGUUCAUCAGAACAGUGCUAGUGACGAUGCGGAGGCCAGCAUGAUCUCCAAACUUAAGCAAGCCUGUGGCUUUGAAUACACUUCCAAACUGCAGCGAAUGUUUCAGGACAUUGGAGUCAGCAAAGACUUAAAUGAACAGUUUAAAAAACAUCUGUCCAACUCUGAGCCAUUAGACUUGGAUUUCAGUAUUCAGGUUCUAAGCUCAGGCUCUUGGCCCUUCCAGCAGUCCUGCACAUUUGCUUUACCAUCUGAGUUGGAGAGGAGUUACCAAAGAUUCACAGCCUUUUACGCCAGCAGACACAGUGGACGCAAGCUAACCUGGCUCUAUCAUCUGUCCAAAGGAGAGCUGGUCACAAACUGUUUUAAGAAUCGGUACACUUUGCAGGCAUCCACGUUCCAGAUGGCAAUCCUCCUGCAGUACAACACAGAAGACAUAUACACUGUACAGCAACUGACAGACAGCACGCAGAUUAAAAUAGACAUUCUGGUUCAAGUUUUACAAAUCUUGUUGAAGUCCAAAUUGCUGGUAUUGGAAGAUGAAAAUGCAAAUGUUGAUGAGGUGGAGUUUAAGCCUGACACUUUAAUAAAACUUUUCCUUGGAUACAAAAAUAAAAAACUGCGAGUCAACAUCAACGUGCCAAUGAAAACUGAACAGAAACAGGAGCAGGAAACUACUCACAAGAACAUCGAGGAGGACAGGAAACUCCUGAUACAGGCUGCUAUUGUGAGGAUCAUGAAGAUGAGGAAAGUUUUAAAACACCAGCAACUUCUUGCAGAAGUACUAAACCAGCUGUCCUCCAGAUUUAAACCCAGGGUUCCUGUGAUAAAGAAAUGCAUCGACAUACUGAUAGAGAAGGAAUACUUGGAACGUGUCGACGGGGAAAAGGAUACUUACAGCUACUUGGCUUAAAUGUUGUUUUUUUUUUUUUGUUUGUUUUUUGUUGUUUUUUUUAUUUUUUUUUUUUUGUUUGUUUUUUUGUCGUCCCCCUCCCCCCAAGUGUCUGAGUAAUAAACUUCAUUCCUUUUGACACUCGGCCAAUGUUGUUAGGAACGUGAGCACAGAACCGGAAUAAAUUCUGAAUCUCCACUGCAGCUAUCCUGCUGCUGCUAAGCUGGACCUCUCUUUAAUCUCUGAGACUGGGAAAGCCUCCAGCCAGUGUCCUAAAAUUCACAUCUGAACUGCUCAGGAUCAAUAUCUACAUUUUAAUAUGUAAAUAUGGACACAGACCUCUACCCUUACCUAGCAAACAGAAUCAAAACCUUCUGCAUUGGAGUUUGCAUGCUACUGCCUAUGUGCAUUUAAGAAAAAGUAAGAUAAACCGCUAUAAAAAAAAAUUACAAAGUAUGAAACCAUUGCUUUUAGCAGCGGUUGCAUUUUAAAAAAUAAAUACAUUAAAAAAAAACCACAUUAAUUUAUGAAUGAAAUGUUGGCAACACUUUCAAAGAGCAUAAUAGAGAGUCUAAAUGGAUCCUUAGAAAUGUGUAAUCUGCAUUGUUACCUGCUAUAAGAAAACCAUGUGUAUAGUGUGGUUCAUUUUUUUAAAUGUGUGAUUAAAUAAAAAUUCAAGGUUUCUGUAUGCGUUGCGUCUGACUUUCUUAUGUCGCAUAUAGGAGAUUUUUGCUGACCC